UUUCUAUGAUGACGAGGCUUUAUUUCGAAACACUAGUGGUGACAUUCUUUCUGGCCACGGGAAUGACUAAAUUGCAAUGUUCCUCAGAGCCUUCUUGCCAGUGUCUGAUGGACAACGAUAGACUGUACGCAGACUGCUCUCGCCUAAAUCUAACCGAAUCACCAGUGUUCUCACCAAACGUCAAAAUCAUCAACCUCAGUCACAAUAAUCUAACGUGUUUGCCGUUAAGAGAACGCAUUCCAGAUGGACUUGUCCAUUUAGAUCUUUCAUAUAAUCGUAUACAUACUCUCUCAGGGAAUUCUUUUCAGGGACUGAGAAACCUAACGAAACUUUUAUUACAGUAUAAUGAAUUACAAAUACAGAAUCCAAGUCAUACGGAAGGAAUAUUCAAAGAUUUAAUGAACAUUCAAAUAAUCGAUUUAUCAUACAAUACAAAAUUGACAUUUAAGGUUCUUAGAAGUCUUUCUUUUGACCUACAAAACACUUCAAUCAGAAUCCUUCGUCUGAACAAAAUUCACUGUACAUUUGGAAUGGGGACCAAAAUUAUGGUAGAAGAUUUUAAGUUUCUUCAAUUCACAGAAUUGAAGGAAUUACAUUUAGACAGUAACAGGAUAGAAAUGCUGGAGCCCACCGCAAUCCUCUGCCAUCCUGGUUAUGUACUGGAUACCUGUAACGAGAGUUCGAAUGACCCAGUGCCAUAUUGUGCCUCCACAAAUAACCCCGAUUUCGAAAUAACCCUAGGUAGUGCCCAUGUUAAUUCAAAGGAUCUCAGCAUGAGAAACAAAAAUAGAAGAAGUAGCGAGAUUUUAAAUUCAAGUGAUGUCAUGUCACGUGAAAUUGAAAACCAAAGUAAAUAUAACAUGGAGGAUCUGUGUGUUCUUCAUGAUGAAUGGAUCCCUUUCCCUGUACCGAAAGGACUAGAAGUUAUUUACUUCAAUAAUAGUAAUCAACGAUUCAAAAUAUUUGAAUUAUUUUUGUCGAACAACAAUAUAACCCAUGUUUAUCUCCAAGACAAUGCUUUUUAUUCAUGGGAUGGUCCAGUUCAUAAUCUAAAUUCCAUAAAAGUUCUCAAUCUUUCCAAUAACUUUUGUUCUCAUGUCUCAGAAAAUUUUUUCCAAUAUGCAGGAAGUUUGAAAGAAUUAUAUCUCGGAAAUAAUAUCCUUGGAUUUAGCUUAGCAUCGGACAUGAAAGGUUUAAUAUUCAGAAAUCUGAGGAAACUUGAAAUGCUGGAUUUGAAAGAAAACCGAAUUUCGACACUACCAAAGACUGUGUUUCAAAAUUUAGUGAAUUUGAAGUACUUAGAUUUAAGCAAAAAUUUUCUUAAAAAAUGGGAGAUUAACACCAGUUACAUGAAAAUUGUUUAUUCCAUAGAACUAUCGAACAAUGAAAUAACAUCUCUUUCGGAAGGAGAUAUGAAAGCCUUUGACAGAUUAGGAUCGACAAAAACUUUAUCUAUGAACUUUCUGAAAAAUUCUUUUAUAUGUAUAUGUAGAACAAUCAACUUUAUGAAAUGGAUGGAAGAAAGAAAUAAAACCAAGAAAAUAAAUUUCUUGCAUUUUGACAAUUACAAUUGCACUGAAGAUGCAGAACACGAGAGAAAAGUCUUAAAAUUUGAUAAAAUUAAAUCACAUAUUUUAAAUUUACAAAGAGAAUGCCGUUCGUUUUCUACAAUCAUUUUUGUAACGACUGGAACGCUGGUUUGCUUUCUAUUUAUACUUUGUACUGGACUUGCCUAUAGAUAUAGGUGGAAACUUCGGUAUUUUUAUUAUAUGACAAAAAGCCGCUUCCAUCAGUACAAAUCUUUGCGAAGUGAAAAUCUUCCCCUUAACCAGUAUGAUGCAUUUGUUUCCUAUGCUGAUGAGGACAGAUCCUUCGUAAUGAGAAUGAUAAAAAAAUUAGAAGAGGAGGAAGGCAUAAAAUUAUGUAUUCAUCAGCGUGAUUUUGUACCAGGAUUCGACAUCGCUGAGAACAUUAUAACUGCUGUUAACAAAAGUAGAAAAACGAUUAUUCUCCUCUCUCCCAAUUUCAUCAAGUCCAGCUGGUGUAUGUACGAGUUACAUAUUGCCAAAAUGGAAGAAAUUUACAGCAGGAAUGAUGAAAAUGUGAUAUUCCUCAUCCUUUAUGAAACUUUGCCUUUGAAGGAUAUUCCUCUUACCUUAAUGGAUCUGAUUACCCAGAAGACAUACAUAGAGUUUCCAAAUGAUGAUCAGGAGUUUAGUGAUGAUGUAUUUUGGAAUACUCUAAAGGGAUCUUUGCAAUGA